AUGGCGCAUCAUGGCAAUUUUGUCUUGUUCAAGGAUGUGUCAGGUUUGUACCUCAAAGUUGAUCGCAGAUGCAUUCAGGAGGGUCUCUUGCUCGUCGACAAGCUGAACAUCAGCAACAUCGACGAGAACGUCAAAGAUAAUGUCUACUUUCGCGAGCAGAGGAAGAGGCUCUCCGAGUUCUGCGCAAAGGCCGAGGAGUUUGUCCACAGCGUCGUUAAAGCCAAGCAGCAAGAAAUCAUCAGCGGUCUCAAAAAGAGGAUCGCGGGUAUCGGAUCGCCCAUCGAAAAGUUCCCUGCCGAAUUUCAGCCAGACCGCAAGGCAAUCGAGUCGGUCCAGAACGGAGCUGGGAUCACUCAGUCGCUCACCAAGUCCGAAUGUGCCGCCAAGCCCUCUCCUAUCAACGCUAUUGUCGCUGGGCAAGAUGACGAGGCAGCAGUGGCGCUCGGUGAUGACGAUGAGGAGAUGUAA